AUGGCUCCAAACAUUACAUCUCCUGCAGCAGCUUCCUCUCCUGGUGGCAUGUCUCUGUCUCUGCCUAUUGUCCUACUGUCUGUGGCCCUGGCUGUGGGGCUUCCUGGCAAUAGCUUUGUGGUAUGGAGCAUCCUGAGAAGGAUGCAGAAACGCUCUGUCACCGCCCUGUUGGUGCUGAACUUGGCUCUGGCCGACUUGGCUGUGUUGCUCACUGCUCCUUUUUUUCUACACUUCCUGGCUCAAGGCACGUGGAGUUUUAAAGUGACUGGUUGCCGCCUGUGCCACUAUGUUUGUGGAGUGAGCAUGUAUGCCAGUGUCCUGCUUAUCACCAUCAUGAGUCUGGACCGCUCAUUGGCAGUGGCCCGCCCCUUUGUGUCCCAGAAGGUGCGCACUAAGAGGGUUGCCCUAUGGGUGUUGGCAAGCAUCUGGCUGGUGUCUUUUCUGCUGGCCACACCAGUCAUUGCGUACCGUACAGUAAAACGGAACAACAGGACUCUGACUCUGGUCUGCCAGCCGGAUUACCCCAGCGACGGGCAUAGGGCCUUUCACCUGCUCUUUGAAACCAUCACGGGCUUCCUGCUGCCCUUCCUGGCGGUGGUGGCCAGCUACUCUGACAUCGGACGCAGGCUGCAGGCUCGGCGCUUCCGCCGCAGUCGCCGCACGGGCCGCCUGGUGGUGCUCAUCAUCCUGGCCUUCGCCGCUUUCUGGCUGCCUUACCAUCUGGUGAACCUGGUGGAAGCGGGCCGCGCGCUGGCGGGCUGGGACCAGGACGACUCCGCGGGGAAGCGUCUGAAGCUGGCCCGCUACGUGCUCAUCGCGCUGGCCUUCCUGAGCAGCAGCGUGAACCCGGUGCUGUACGCGUGCGCCGGCGGCGGCUUGCUGCGCUCAGCCGGCUUUGGCUUCGUAGUGAAGCUGCUGGAGGCCACCGCUUCUGAAGUCUCCAGCACCCGCCGCGGGGGCACCCUGUGCCAGACCCAGAAGUCCAUACCCGCCUGUCCUGAGCCAGGCCCCACUGACAGCUUCAUGACCUCCUCCAACCCCUCCUGA